CAACUAAUAUCUUGUCUCUGUUGGUAACCUGAAAGUUUUUGACGUUUGCUGGUUAAAUAUAUCAAAAAUCCAAUUUUUCGACGAUUUUUGAGUUAGCAGUAAUAUAAUAAUCACGUGUUCAGCUAGUGGAUACGUUUCGUUUACGUACUCCAGAUUCCAUUUCUAAUAGUGGUGAAGGCUGAAGUAGAACCGUAGAUAAGGAGCCGCUCAAGUCCUCUGACGACCUUAUUCACCUUGAAAAAAACGCAAUAUUUAUAAAGUAUGGCUUCAAAAGGGACCCUUACAGUAUUGAACUUGGCCGGUUUAAAUAAAAUGCUUGGCAGGAGGGCAUUUUCAAGCACCAAGGCAGUAGCAGCUAAGCAGAUGACCGUCCGUGAUGCUCUGAACUCUGCGCUGGAUGAAGAAAUGACCAGGGAUGAAAAGGUUUUUGUUUUGGGUGAAGAAGUGGCACAGUAUGAUGGUGCAUAUAAGGUAACCAGAGGACUAUGGAAAAAAUAUGGCGACAAACGGGUUAUCGAUACUCCAAUAACGGAAAUGGGUUUUGCCGGAAUAGCGACUGGUGCCGCCAUGGCUGGCUUACGCCCAGUUUGCGAAUUUAUGACAUUCAAUUUUGCAAUGCAAGCCAUUGACCAUAUCAUUAAUUCAGCAGCAAAAACAUUUUACAUGUCUGCUGGGAGAGUCAACGUGCCUAUUGUCUUCAGAGGACCAAAUGGUGCAGCAGCCGGAGUAGCAGCACAGCAUUCUCAAUGUUACGGCGCGUGGUACGCACAUUGCCCGGGACUGAAAGUAGUUUCACCGUACAAUUCAGAGGACUGCAAAGGUCUUUUAAAAGCCGCAAUUAGGGAUCCGGAUCCAGUAGUUUUCCUCGAAAACGAAAUCUUGUAUGGUGUCCAAUAUCCCAUGUCCGAUGAAGCUCUUUCUACCGAUUUCGUUCUCCCACUUGGAAAAGCAAAAAUUGAAAGAGCAGGUAAACACAUAACGCUCGUGUCCCAUUCGAAGUCAGUAGAAACAUGUCUAGAUGCUGCAAAGGAAUUGGCAGGAAAAGGCAUUGAAGCUGAAGUCAUAAAUCUUAGAUCACUUCGCCCAUUAGACAUCGAAACAAUAUCCAAAUCCGUAGUUAAAACAAACCAUCUAGUCAGUGUGGAACAGGGUUGGCCGACUUGUGGAAUCGGAUCAGAAAUUCUAGCUAGGUUGAUGGAAAGCGAAGUAUUUUACCAUUUAGACCAGCCUGCAGUUAGAUUGACUGGAGCCGAUAUUCCAAUGCCAUACACCCAAAGCCUUGAAGUAGCUGCAUUGCCACGACCAGCUGACGUUACCGACGCUGUUAAAAGACUGCUGAAAGUGAAGUGAGCUUUUUGCACAAACCGUACUAUGACCCAACGAACUUUUGCGCUGUUCAAGUUAGGGGCUGAUAUUACAUAUUUGGGAUUAUACAUAGUUGUUAAAUAGUUGCGGUCCGUAGAAAACAAUCGGUGACGAAAAAUCCUUUUGGUUUUACUUAACCAACUUGCGCUCAGAAUAUUUAUUAAAGUUUUAUUUGUUUAUUUAUAUUUUUACAGAUUGUUGAUAAUGUUAUAAUAGCCGUCACUGAUCAAAAUUUAAUGUUCCAGCCUUGAAAUAAAACAGUGAUACCAAUUGGUC